GAUCUUUUUUUUUUUGCCACAUCGGUGCUAGAUUUCGAGGCUCAAUAAGAAAGAGAGCAGCAAGGUAUGACAUACAGAGAGAUCUUGUGAAAAGCAAACCCCCUCGGUCUUAAUGCUGACACUCAGGCCUUUUAACUGGAGUGCCAUACCCUAUUCAAGGAAGGACGCUGAACCAGCCAGGCUCUGUGAAGGAACAGAAGAUCCAUUUCAGCCAGGAUUAUACCAGAGGCUUUGGGAAGCUAUGCAUCGUGUUUGUGCUUUUCUCCUGGUCUCCUGUUUCAUCCUUGGCCUUUUAUCUUUAAUAGGAGCAGACACCGGUGGAGAUGACAAAGGAGAUAGCCGGGAGAAGCGCAGCAUGCCGAACUGGAGUGGCUCUGCCUCGGAUUUCUUUGCCUGGGUGGAACAGCUCCGCUCCCAUGCCGGAUAUGUGAAGAUGGAUGAACUGGCCAGAACCUUCUGGGCUCAUUUCCCCUCUGCCUCCAGACUGGGCUAUGAGGUCCCAGAGCCCGAGGAGUGAACAGAGAGACAGCAACAGACAGAUGUGAAAACACAACGUCAUCAGCUGGACAAGUCAACAUCUGAGCCUGCAGCUCCCUACUGUAUAUGCACUCUUUAAGAUGAAAGAUUGCUACAAGUUUCACCUCCUAUUGUUUUUAUUCAAAUUGCAGGGCAUGUAGUAAAGUAAAAGAAAUGAAAUGUACGCUAUUGCUGUGUUAAAAGUGUGUUCAUGGAAGUUUAGUGUAGACCACUCACAGAGCUUGCCAAUAUGCAAUAAACUUUACAACACA